AUGAAUAAGUUUUCUUUAAGAACGGUCAACUAUCCUUUAAAGCUAUAUUCAAAAUUCAAGGACCCAGUACGCCCUAAGUUUGGAUUACAAGGGAAAGCACUUUUUUCAAGCACUAGAUAUAGGUUGGACGGCAGUGGGGAUUCAAAUAUUGAAGAAAGUAUAUUAAAUGAUUUGAAAAAGGUCAGACUAGAUCAAAUUAGGGUAAACGAUGGAAGAAGUACAGAUUUUAGAAAUUUGAAAACUACUGAUAAGAAGGGCGGCAAUGGUAAUAAAACACGUCAAUGGCUCGGAAUUGGUGCCUUUGUAACGUUGUGUAGUGGUAGUUAUUACUAUCUAUUACGAAAGAAGAGUAGAUUGGAGGUCGAAAAAAUUGCUGAGUCAAAUAGACAAUUAUUAGAUGGACAAUUCCAAUUAACUGAUUUUAACGGUCAGAAAUUCACACAGGAUGAUUUAUUAGGCAAAUUCAGCAUAAUUUAUUUUGGCUUUACCCACUGCCCCGAUGUGUGUCCCACUGAGUUGGAUAGAUUAACUGUUUGGCUUAAAAAAUUAGAAAAGAAAAGAGGAAUUAAACCUAAUGCAAUCUUUGUCACAUGUGAUCCAAUAAGAGAUACUCCAGAUGUAUUAAAACGAUAUUUGAAGGAUUUCCAUCCAUCGAUUAUUGGGUUAACUGGUACUUAUGACCAAAUAAAAGACAUGUGUAAGAACUUCAAAGUAUUUUUCUCUACACCACGUAACGUAAGCCCACAGGAGGAUUAUAUCGUAGAUCACUCUGCAUUUUUUUAUUUGUUGGAUCCAGAAGGCCAAUUUGUUGAGGCGCUGGGGACUAUAUAUGAGGACAAAGAUGGGUUAGAACGAAUCGAAAAACAUAUUGAUGCAUAUGUACCUAAAGCUGAACGGGAAAGAAGGAUGAGUAAAUGGUACUCUUUCCUAUACAAAUAA